CGCAGACGUGUUCAUGCUCGUGGUUUCUUAGCUCCUCUAGAGGCGCUGUGCCGAAUGAAGAACUACCACAGAAGAAGAGGGUCGUGCGCGGCGGCGGGAAUAUGAGCUCCGGACUGUAAAAACUACACAACAUGGUUCAAGAAUUUCACGUACUGCGAUGUUUUUCUUGUCAAACAUUUCAAGUACAGCAGGUGAAGAAGGUGAAGAAAUGGACGUGUAAAGUGUGCGGCGAGAAGCAGUCUUUGAUUAAGGAGUUUGGUCGAGGAGCCGCAGCUGACUGCAGAAGGCAUGUCCAGAAGAUGAAUGCUCUGCGAGGACAGAUGCUGGAGGUCAACGGCGAUCAGCUGCUGACACGGCCGGAACCAGAUGAAAACUAUGUUCAAGAAAGUCUGGAUCAAAAUCCUGAAUCAGAGGAAGUGGCUCAUGUCAGCCGCUGGAGUAAAUACACUGAUCAAACAGCUGAGGCUCCAAAUAGACAUGAAGAUGAGGGAGAAGAUGAGAAUGUUUAUACAGAAAGACGCAGAUUCAGAAGCCAGGGAACCAGGAAAAGGAAGACGGUCUCCUCUUCAAAGUCUUUUGGUGGCUGUGAAGAUGAGGAGUCAUGGACUGGUCGUUCUGGGUUUAAGAGACGGACGUAUCUGCACGACGAUCGUGGGUUCACACCAUCAUGGAGUGAAGGAUCUGCUUCCAAAUAUUCCUUCUGUGGCAGGUCAGGUGACGUGGAGCCAUGUGCUAACACACAUCUCCAAUCAUCCCUUCAGGCUGUUUGUUACCCUUCGGCCUCUGGAGAAAAUAAACAGCAGUGCAGCUCUUCACGUGAACCGUCAGCACUUCAGAGAACCAAAGGUCUUACCCUGCACAGCAACAGUCACGCCGUUACUUCUCGUCAGAGGUUUGGCGAAUCAAAGAUUGAUUCCAAAUGGGAUAAAUUCCUCACAGUUGUCCCUAAUCAGCAGGACGAGGAAGAUUCUGGCUUUGAAGCUCGUGAUUCCUCUAAUUACAGCGAUAACACAGCAGUGGCUUGUUAUACAGAAGCACUUACAAACAUGGGUGUGGAUUCUGAAGAAUGCAGAUAUCCAUUAGAUGGAGAGACAGAAUGUGCUCUGGGGAGCCAGAAGUCUGUCGGUGAUGUUUGUGUGGAUGGAAAGUUAUCCAGUCCAAACAGUCACAGCUCAAAGCCCGACCUUUUCAAAAACGUUGUCUGUAAACCGCUUACACAAACGAAGAUGCCACGUUCAGGCUUUUUUAUAAAUUCUCUGUUCUUUACCGAUGAAGACUUUGAUGACACAUUUUGAGAAGUUGCAUUCUAUUCAGUUUUGCACAUUUAAUAAAACACAAACAACA